CAGAGCGUAGCACCGCACCGCACGCCACCAGCAGCAGCGCUGCGAGCGGCGCCGCCGCCACCACCUCCUCCUCGCCUCUCUCUCUCUUGCUUUUGCUCGCGAAACCCUCGCCUCUACUCCUCGUCCUCCUCUCCGUCUCUCUCUCUCUCUCUCUUGGAGACACGGGCUCAGCCUGCAGACCUGCUCCCGCCUCCUCCUCCUCCUCCGGCGCGCACGGCCGGCGGCGAGCAGGCCCGAGGUGGGGGUUGGGGGUGGACUCCCUCCUCGGCCGGCGGGGAGAGCGGGUUUGGGGGUUAGGGGGGGUGGUGGGCGACGCGGGCCGGCCUCUCGUCUCGGUUGGGAUCGAACUGAAGUUUAAUGGCCACAGAGAGCGCUGUCCGGUUAAUUGGAGGAGCAGGGGCUGGUAACUGGAGCAAGGACUUUGGUGCAUUUGAUUCGUCACUGGGUAACCUUUCAGGAGAAGGUCUGGGGUUUGUGGAUAAUAACACUGCUGUUUAUGGGGGAUGGAGGGAGUCUGUCCCAAAUCGUAGUGGAAGUGCACCACCUAGCAUGGAAGGGUCUCUUGCUGCUCUUGGUCAUAUGAUAGGUCAGCAAGGUGGAAACUUGGAAGCUAAUUUAGAGGGAAAGUUGGGCAACUUGGAGGAUAGUUCCAAAUCUGAGGAGCAGCUACGUGCUGAUCCUGCAUACUGUGACUAUUAUGGCUCCAAGGUCAAUUUGAACCCAAGGCUUCCUCCGCCACUUAUCUCUAGGGAGAGCCGCCGCUUCAUGAACAGGGUUGGCAAGGUUAAAGAAUGGAGAGUGGUCUCUCAAGAUGACAGCAGCAAAGGCUCCUUGUUUAUCCCUCGAUCCACUCUGUCAACACACAGAGAAGAGCCUGAGGAUGAUAGGUCACCAAGGUUGGAUUCAAGUUCAGCUGAGGAUGCCCAAGUUUCUGGUAAAAGCGGGUCCAACUUUGACAGCCAUUGUAUGAAUCUCGGGGAUUUUGCAUCGGAGAGUUUUCAGCAGAGUGGUACUUCUUUGUAUGAUAAUUCUUCUCAUCCAUCAAAUAGCAAUACUGGAGUUGGUAUAUCUGACCAUUCUGACAUUAACUCAUCAACAAAUUUUUCACUUGAUGCUGUCAAGACAUCUGGGUUGAAUUCAUGGACCCCUGUUCCUGUAUCUAGCACAGUGAGAAGUACACUUAGCAACAAUAUUCCAUCUAUAUCUGUUCCCAAUUCAUCAUCUCCUGAUAGCAACCCCAGUAUGCAAGCUUCUCAGCAAGAAAAGCCGACCAUAGACAUCAAACUUGGAAAUGAUGUGCUUGGCAGCGGUUCUGUUCUGACUGAACUAGAUACUGUGAACUCCAAUAUGAAGAACCUGAGGAUAAGUUUGGAUAGCCAUGAUACCAUGCAUGUUAAGCAGCAGUGGCAGGACAAUGUCAUGCAGCAGUAUGGCCCCUCACCUUUAGUCCAGGGUGAUCCUAUUCAAAUGAUUCCUCAAGGAACACAUCUUCCCCCUGUUCCUUUUGUUGACAACAUGUCUCAUACUCAGUUAAAAUUACCAACUGGUGACAUGCAGCAAUUUUUACCACUGCCUGGUAUAACACCUUUUUAUGCGCCCAACUCUUUUGGAAGCCCUUACUAUCAGAAUUUGCAUCCGGCUAGUGUAUUGCCAACUCUGUUUGGAACUGCUGGAUAUGCUUCAGCUUUACCACCUGUUAUGACUAGCUAUGCUCCUCAGGGUCCUGUUGCUAGACCUGUUGACAGCCCUAUUACUCCAAGCUUUAGUGGUAGGCCAUCUGGUUUUCCGUCAGCAGGCAAUCUUAGUGCAGGAACAGAAUUUUUGCAGCCAUAUAAAAUGUAUGGACAACAACUUGGGGUUGCUAUGCAGCCAUCCAUUCCUGACCCGAACUUUUUUCAGUUCUUUCAGCAUCCUUCUUUACUUCAGUAUGCUGGUAUAAAUCAAUACAAUUCACUGGGACCAAGGGUUAGUGUUGUGGGAAAUCCUGCUGAUAGUUUUGAUCCCCCAAAGAUAUUACCUCAACCUACGUAUCCAUCUGAACAGAGGCUUCAACUUCCAAGAACUGGAGUUUACGAUUCUCCUGCAGCGAGAAGAGGGGGUAGUGCUCCAAAUUAUCAAGGCAUGUCACCUUAUGUUGGAGCACCAGUGUCUUACCCAACAAGCCCAGUGUUUCAGGGACAGCCUUUCACUGGAAUAUUUUCUCCUGGUAGGAGAAAUGAUUCUGUGAGGUUCCAAACUCCCCCAAGAAAUAUGACUGUUAAUUCCAGUAUUCAAGGGCAACGAGAGAGGGAGAAAUUUGAUGACCCAAAGGCUUGUUCCUUUCUGGAAGAACUUAAGUCUAACAGGGCUCGCAGGGUUGAGCUAUCUGAUAUCGCGGGUCGUAUAGUAGAAUACAGCGCUGACCAACAUGGCAGCCGAUUUAUCCAGCAGAAAUUGGAGAACUGCACUGCUGAAGAGAAGGCAUCUGUCUUUGCCGAAGUUCUUCCUCAUGCUUCAUCAUUAAUGACUGAUGUGUUUGGGAAUUAUGUGAUCCAAAAGUUCUUUGAACAUGGAACUCCUGAACAAAGGAGGGAUCUUGCCACUAAGCUUGUUGGUCAUGUUUUACCUUUAAGCCUUCAGAUGUAUGGAUGCCGAGUAAUUCAAAAGGCUCUUGAAGUUAUGGAACUUGACCAAAAAAUAGAUCUAGUCCGUGAGCUUGAUGGAAACAUUAUGCGAUGUGUCCGUGAUCAAAAUGGGAAUCAUGUUAUACAGAAGUGCAUUGAAUGUGUCCCAACAGAACAUAUUGGCUUCGUAAUAUCUGCUUUUCAGGGGCAGGUUGCCAGCCUUUCAAUGCACCCAUAUGGUUGCCGUGUUAUUCAGAGAGUUUUGGAGCAUUGUGGCAGUGAUUCACAAGGCCAGUGCAUAAUAGAUGAGAUAUUGCAGUCGGCUUGCGUCCUCGCACAAGAUCAGUAUGGGAACUAUGUUACACAGCAUGUUUUGGAAAGAGGAAAGAGCCAUGAAAGGGCCCAAAUUAUCAGUAAAUUGGCUGGGCAGGUUGUUACCAUGAGCCAAAAUAAAUUUGCAUCAAAUGUGAUAGAGAAGUGUUUUCAACAUGGGGAUAUUGCUGAGAGAGAUCUUCUGAUCCGGGAGAUUGUGGAGCAGACUGAGGGCAAUGAUAACUUGCUGGCAAUGAUGAAGGAUCAGUAUGCAAAUUAUGUAGUCCAGAAGAUACUCGAAACAUGCAGCGAGCAACAGAGAGAGCUCCUGCUCAGCCGUGUGAAGGGUCAUCUACAAGCAUUGAGGAAAUACACCUAUGGCAAGCAUAUUGUGAGCCGGGUUGAGCAGCUUUGUGGUGAAGGAGACACCGAAUCAGAUUCUUGAACAAUUAGCAAAUUUCUUCACUGGAGGGGUAUGCCUGGGGCCCUCAAGAUGAACAACCUCCAGUACUUCCAGAAGGGCUAACAAAACUUGUCUCCCUAAGAUUGUACAUAUGAUUCUCAUUAGGUAGCCUAGGUGCUAGAUACAGUUUAGUGGUGUGCAUCAGUGUAUCUAUGUUAGGGGGUAUGCUUAUUUAUAGAAAUAAUGUACUUCAAUAGUUGGUUAGCUGUGUGCAAAAAGAAGAUUAGUCCCUAUGGCUUUGGCUUGGCUUGUAUGCGAUAAAAUAUCAACUGCUUGGUAAUGUAAGUGCUUGCAUAGAUCGCAGAUGUGUGCCAGUUUCUCCA